AUGUGUCACCUCUCCGCCGCCGACCGCGCCCUGCCGCUACUCGAAGGCGCAUAUGCUUGCUUCGUCGACGCCCUCGGCUGGCGCUCCACAGGUCUAUCCUACAACGACGACUACAACGCCGAUGGGCCCUGGACCAAGCUCAACGUCUACAGCGUCGACAGCCUUCCCGGCGCUGCCGGCGUCAUGCGCUCCGACGCCGCCACGGGAAUGGCCUGGCUCGAGGUCGCGAACCCUCACCUUGCCACCUCCGUCACGGUCCACGAGUUCGGCCACGGCUUGCACUACCACCAGCAGACGUGGGUGCACCAAGGCCGGACCGGCGCGUGGUGGGAGACGCUGGCCAACUGGGUGUCAGACACGUUCCUGACCUCGCCGCUGUGCGCCGCCGCCCGAAGCGCCAACGGGCAAGCCACGCCCUCGACAAGCGAGAUUAACGUCGUCAAGACCAUCGGCGACUCCUUCCAGGUCAUAGUCGACGGCACCGCCGGCAGUGGCAACUACUACCAGGCGUGGCCGUUCUUCACUUACAUCACCAACAACCCGGACGGCUUCGCCGGCCUCGGCCGCGACGUGAUGCGUCAGCUGAUGGUGCGGUACAGUCCCAACUCCAACGAGACGCCGCUGCACACCCUCCAGCGCGUCUCCACGGGCGCCUCGGUUGCCAAAAUCGUUGGCAAGUACUGGGCGCGCAUGGCGUACCUCGACAUCGGCCACCAGCAGGCACAGUCUGUCUUCUUCAGCCAGCGGGGGCACGUCAACUUCGCCAACGUCGACUCAGCGGGUACCGGCAACUACCGCGUCAAGUCUGACAGGAGACCGCGGUACAUGGGUGCCAGCGUGAUCCCGCUCAAGAACCCUUCCGGCACGGUGAGUGUCAAGAUCACGACGAGCGGACAGCUAACAUCGCACCUGGUCGUGCGGAACACUGGGAGCGGCGCCGUGAGGUAUAUUGAGUUGGUCAACGGCGCUGGAAGCGUGAGUGUUGCUGGCGGCGAGGAGGCAAGCCUUGUUGUCGCGAACACGCCGGCCAACCUGGUGCUGUUUGAUCCGUUUGCCUUGUCGGACGAGGUCAACACGGGCGUUGACUACUCCUUCACUCUGUCUGGGGCGACGGCUUAGC